AUGGCUAUUGCAAAGCAAAGCAUCUUGAGUGUUGGCUUCAAAUAUGUCUUCCUAGCAACUUUUGUGCUAGCCUGUGGUGGACAAGGUGGGAAGAGAGAGAAUGGUGGUCCUGCCUGUUACGGAGGAUUUGAUUUGUAUUUCAUUCUAGACAAAUCAGGAAGUGUCCUGCACCACUGGAAUGAAAUAUAUCAUUUUGUGGAACAUCUGGCCCGCAAGUUCAUAAGCCCUCAGCUGAGGAUGUCCUUCAUUGUUUUUUCAACUAGAGGGACAAUUCUAAUGAGGUUAACAGAAGACAGGGAACAGAUACGCCAGGGUCUAGAAGAGCUGCAGAAAGUCCUGCCAGGAGGAGACACAUACAUGCAUGAAGGAUUUGAAAGGGCAAGUGAACAGAUUUACUAUGAAAAUGUUCACGGUUACAGAACUGCAAGUGUCAUCAUUGCGUUGACAGACGGAGAACUCCAUGAAGACCUAUUUUUCUACUCUGAGAGGGAGGCUAAUCGGUCGCGUGACCUGGGAGCAACAGUGUAUUGUGUUGGUGUGAAAGACUUCAAUGAGACCCAGCUGGCUAGAAUUGCCGACAGCAAAGAUCACGUCUUUCCAGUGAAUGAUGGUUUUGAAGCCCUUCAGGGAAUCAUAGACUCUAUUUUGAAGAAAUCCUGCAUAGAAAUUCUGGCGGCAGAGCCUUCCAGUAUAUGUGCAGGGGAGUCGUUCCAGGUUGUUGUGAGAGGAAAUGGAUUUCGACAUGCCCGUAACGUUGACAGAGUGCUCUGCAGUUUCAGGAUCAAUGACACAGUUACUCUCAAUGAGAAGCCUUUUGUAGUGGAAGAUACCUACUUACUGUGCCCAGCACCUGUGCUACGAGAAGUUGGCAUGGAAGCAGCUCUCCAAGUCAGUAUGAACGAUGGUCUCAGCUUCAUCUCUAGCUCCGUCAUCAUCUCCAGCACACACUGUUCAGAUGGGACCAUCCUGGCUAUUGCGUUGUUGAUCCUCUUCCUCCUGCUGGCCUUGGUUCUUCUCUGGUGGUUCUGGCCUCUUUGCUGCACAGUGAUCAUCAAAGAACCCCCGCCCCCUCCUGCAGAAGACAGCGAGGAGGAAGAUGAUGAUGGCCUUCCAAAGAAGAAAUGGCCAACAGUAGAUGCCUCUUAUUAUGGUGGGCGAGGAGUUGGUGGCAUCAAACGAAUGGAGGUGCGCUGGGGAGAAAAGGGCUCCACGGAAGAAGGUGCUAAGUUAGAGAAAGCCAAGAAUGCCAGAGUCAAGAUGCCAGAACAGGAAUAUGAGUUCCCUGAACCCAGGAACCUUGCAAGCAACAUGCGCAGGCCUUCCUCCCCUCGGAAGUGGUACUCUCCAAUCAAGGGGAAAUUGGACGCUCUCUGGGUCUUGCUGCGGAAAGGUUACGACCGUGUGUCUGUGAUGCGCCCACAGCCAGGAGACAAGGGCCGUUGCAUCAAUUUCACCAGAGUGAAGAACACAGAGGCCCCACCCAAAUACCCACUCAACAACGCAUACCCUCCGUCAUCCCCACCUCCAGCACCCAUCUACAACCCCCCGCCCCCGGCUCCGAUCUAUACCCCCCGUUCGAGAGGCUUUUUCAGCAGUACUGUAUCACAUCCAUCUUCCAGGGGGGUGGGGGGGCCUAGAGGAAGCCGGACCAUUUUUGAAGUGGGUGACAACAGAACAAACGACUUUGUAGUCAUCUUUCUCCUUUAG